CAUCUCUAGUUUUUGAGUCGUCUGAGAACUCAAGCCUCUACUUUGGAAAUGAGUGGACACGGACAUGGACACAGCCAUGCAUCAUGCGCACCGGACGGACACGGACAUUCGCACGGCGGCGACGACGACGACGACAAUCCAGAGCGCGGCCAGCAGUUUAGCUUGUUCAAGCACAUCGACACGACCAAGAUUAACUGCAUGAAUGGAAUUGGAAACGCCGCCAAGUUGUUUCGAGCAUGGCACGAGCGGCUGGACACGUCGAUUACGGUAGAUAGCGAUGCCGACGAGCAAUUGUUGCUACACAUUCCAUUUACGGGCGAAGUGACGCUCAAGUCCGUCAUUGUCAUUGGAGGAGGUGGUGAUCAGCACCCUCGCACACUAAAGCUGUUUGUCAACCGUCCAGAGCUCGAUUUCAGCUCGGCCGGCGACGCCACUCCCACGCAACAGAUUGAUCUGGCGCACGAUCGAACUGGCGCUCUUGAGUAUCCGACCAGAAUCGCAAAAUUUCAAGGAGUUCGGCAUCUGACAAUGUUCUUUUCGGAUAAUUUCGGCGAUGAUGUGACGCGACUUCAUUUCAUUGGACUUCGAGGCGACUUUAUGACGGUCCAUCGAACUCCAAUCAUUACAGCAUACGAACUCAAGCCGAAUCCUGCAGACCACCCGAAGACGGGCGCACUCGCGGACAACGUCUUCCGGCCGCAGCAUUGAUUUUUUUUUGUUGUUUUUGCUGUGCUUUGAGUUGGUACCCCCGCUUCCCAUUUGCUCUCGGUGAAAGAGGCCUAAAGAGUGGACGGUACCACGAAUGAAGCACUGACUACACGCAAAUACAGCUGGACCCAAGCGGAAAAAGGGGAUUCACUGCUUCGACACGCUACCUGAUCUUGGCCCUUUCCUCGCGUCAACUCUCAUUGUCACACUACUGUCGCUUCAUCAAUAAAUUCCGCACAUGUCUGAGUGCCAGUUGAAUGACAAAG